AAUAAUUACAUUCUCCCUUUUCUAUUUCUCUUCCAAGCCCAUGGCUGAAAGGUUGUUAGUAAGAGCAUUGAAAGGUGGUAAAAGCACUAAGAUCCUUACCUUGAAUGGGAAGAAGAUAACAAAGAUGCCUUCAACAUUAGAAAAACUGCCUGGACUGAAGACUCUAGACCUUCAAAAUAACCUAAUCCCCAAAGUGUGCCCAGAGAUAAGUACCUUGACCCAGUUUCAGGAUCUGAAGCUGAGGGAAUUCUACUGUGAGGGAAACCCACUGUUCUUGAAGCAGCCUGUUAAUGCUGUAAAACAAGAGGAGGUCUGGAGUCUACAGGAAAUAACAUCAAGAUUUAUAAUGAAUCAGCUAGCAGAAAAGAAUCCUUUCCUAAUGCAAGCCAUAGAAUGGUACCCAGAGGUCAGGAGCAUAAUCUCUCAGGGAAGAAAAUGUGCAGUAUGUGGAAAGUCAUUUUUAACCAUAUGGCUGGAAUGUGUUGAAUUUGUUCCUCCAUCAAAGAACUGGAAGAUAAGCAGAAAUCUACAUCUGGUACCUCUUCGAGUAUUAAUUUGUUCUUACAAAUGUUUUAAUCAACGUGGCCCAAACCUAUUUGGAAUUGCUCAAGUGUAGAGCAGGUGAAAAGCUCAUUUAGAGUCUCAUAUGAGUUUCCCUGUAAGCUCUGCACACCUAGUCAGAUAAUACCCUAAUUAUGAUACCAUGCUGUAGCUUUUCUUUUUGUCAAUUCAUUAAGCAAAAGAAGAAUUUACUUGUAAAGAUCCCACUUUAAGCAUUACAAUCUACUUUUAGAUUGUUUGGACUGUAGAUGUGCAGUUCCUUUUACUUUAA